UAAUUUAAACAUAUAAAAAAGAAAAAAGAGCUUUAACUAAAUAAAAAACCAGUCAUUGAUUUGUUCAGCUCUUUUGCUAUUCCAUCAACCUAACAACUUCUGUUUCAAAGUAUUCCUAAUACACCAAAUUCCUGAAAAGCUGAAAAAAGGAACAAAAAGAUAAAUCCAGUUCAGCAAAUCAAUCUAAGAAACAUAGAGAAAAAAUUGUUCAUUUUUUUUUCUAAUGUUAAUUUGCAAAGCCAGCUUUUUUUUAUUUUUUCCAAUACAAUAGCUAGCUUCUCCAUCAAUUUGGUAUAUUUAAAAAACCAAAGAAAAUCCAGAGUUUUUUCAAGAAAUGAGCCCAAAACAUGAUAUAACAAUAAAGAUUGGAUUUUUUUUGUGUUUUUUGAUCUUGGGUAGUUAUAGAAAUGAUUGUUGAUGUUCAUGUGAAGCUCACAUUGGUGAUUCAAAUGAAGAUUGAUUUGGGUUAAAGGAGGAAGGAAAAGGGGUUAUUGGUGGAAUUUAAAAGGGAACGGAGAAAUUUUUAAAAGGGAUUAUUGUUGAGAGAUGAGCAAAGAACUUAGUGGCAUUUUGAAGGCCUGUAGGGAUUUCACAGUAAAGAAAGCAACUGCAAAGAAAAGAGCCAAAAACAUCAUUUUUACAACAAUGUCAGUGGCACAUGUUGAUGAUGACCUUGAUGCCCCUGGUGAGGUUUAUUAUGCAGAGAAAAUAUUGAACAAUGGGGAUAUUUAUACGGGGAAAUGGAGCGAUAACUGCCCCAAUGGACAGGGGAAGUAUUUGUGGUCAGAUGGUUGUAUGUAUGUUGGUGAUUGGGUUAAAGGGAAGACAAUGGGGAAGGGAAAGUUCAGUUGGCCUUCUGGUGCAACCUAUGAAGGCAAGUUCAAGAACGGUUAUAUGGAUGGUGAAGGGACUUAUACAGGGUGCUCGAAUGAUACGUAUAGAGGUUCUUGGGUGAUCAAUAUGAAACAUGGUAAAGGAACAAGGGAUUAUGUGAAUGGAGAUCAUUAUGAAGGAGAAUGGCGUCGUGGGCAGCCAGAUGGACAAGGGAGAUAUCAAUGGAUCAAUGGGAAUCAAUAUAUUGGACAAUGGAGAAAUGGGAAAAUGAAUGGUAAUGGUACAAUGAUUUGGGCUAGUGGGAAUAGGUAUGAUGGUUCUUGGGAAGAUGGAUUUCCUAAAGGGAAUGGCACGUAUCGAUGGGCAGAUGGGAGUUUUUAUGUUGGUAUUUGGAGUAAGGAUUCUAGGGAGCAGAGUGGGACUUAUUAUCCUUCAGGUUCACAAACAGGUACUUUCGAUUGGGAUCCUCAGGAUGUGUAUUCAAAUGAUCUACUAGGAUGUCAGAUUAGUCCAGGUGAAAGAAUAUCAGCUUACCCUUCACAAAAAAUGGUUACUUGGCCAUGUGAAGGGGAAUUUCUGCAGAAGUUGCCAAUAGCCAAGUCUCCAAAAGCAAAUAAUGCAGGACCUAAGCGAAAUUCUGUGGAUGGGAGGUUGAGCAAUGGAGAUGGCUACGGCUGGGGUUCAGAAACUGAUGCAGCUUCAAAUAGUGUAUUAUCAGAACAACCAAGAGAGUCAAGUGAAGAAACCAGAAGCAUUCGAACUGACGAUUCAGAUAAUUCAAGAGGAUUUCAACCACAUUGCAUCAAAAUUCAACCCAACAAGAAGCCAGGAACAACAAUAUCAAAAGGGCAUAAAAACUAUGAGCUCAUGCUUAAUUUGCAGCUGGGAAUAAGACAUUCUGUAGGAAGGCCUGCUCCAGCUACAUCACUUGAUCUAAGAGCUACAGCUUUUGACACUAAAGAAAAGGUAUGGACAAAGUUCCCAACAGAAGGAUCCAAGCAUACUCCUCCACACCAGUCGUGUGAGUUCAAAUGGAAGGAUUACUGCCCGUUAGUUUUCAGGACCCUUAGAAAACUGUUUAAAGUGGAUCCAGCUGAUUACAUGAUAUCUAUAUGUGGAAAUGAUGCACUUCGAGAGCUCUCAUCCCCGGGAAAAAGUGGAAGCUUUUUUUACUUGACCAACGAUGACAAGUACAUGAUCAAGACCUUAAAGAAGGCAGAAGUAAAAGUUCUUUUAGGAAUGCUUCCAGCUUACUACAAUCACGUUCGAGCAUUUGAGAACACUCUAGUUACUAAAUUUUUUGGUCUUCAUUGUGUGAAAUUGACUGGACCUGCCCAGAAGAAGGUUCGCUUUGUCAUAAUGGGGAACUUGUUCUGUACUCAGUAUGCCAUUCACAGACGUUUUGACUUGAAAGGUUCUUCCCAUGGCCGUGUUACUGAGAAAUCUGAAUCUCAAAUUGACUCCACUACUACUCUCAAGGACUUGGAUCUCAAUUUUAUAUUCAGGCUGCAGAAAGUUUGGUUCCAAGAGUUCUGCAGGCAAGUGGACCGCGACUGUGACUUCCUUGAACAGGAGAGAAUCAUGGACUACAGUCUUUUGGUGGGAGUUCACUUCCGAGAAGUUUCAGGUUCUGGUGAACCAGUCACAACUGAGACGUGUAAUUCUGGAGUUCGGACUCCUACUGCUAAUGCAGACCAGAAUGGUGAUGUAUCAACUCCUCGAAUUUCCAGGGCUGACAUGGAUCUUCUUUUUGAUCCUUCAGGGUGGGCUUCCAUUAGAUUGGGUAUCAACAUGCCAGCAAAGGCUGAAUUAACAGUAAGAAGAAGUGAUUUCGAGGCACAGCUAGUGGGAGAGCCUACAGGGCAGUAUUAUGAUGUCAUCAUAUUCUUUAGUAUAAUCGAUAUCCUACAGAAUUAUGACAUAAGCAAGAAGCUGGAACAUGCAUAUAAAGCAUUUCAAUAUGAUCCAACCUCAAUCUCGGCAGUUGAUCCCAAGCAGUAUUCAAAACGUUUUCGGGACUUCAUAUUACAAGUUUUUGCAGAAGACACCUGAGAUUUCAGAAAAGCUAGUAGACCUUCCACGGUAUUCCUUGAGGUAACCAUGCUAACCCACACAACAGUGAUGAGAACUAUAUGGUCAUGAAAGCUCGGACACUUGCUCCUGGAACGAGGGGUUCUGGCUAUGUGCCCCAUCAAGACAAGCAGCCAUGGCAAAAGAAGGGCACUGAACAUGCUUUUUCCUUUUAUGUUUCUAUAUAGUUACAUGCAUAUAAUCCAUAACUCAGAAAGGCAUAGAUUAGUUUUGUGAGUAAAUGUCCAGCCAUGUAAUUUUUAAGCCUGCCUGACCCAAUUGUACAUGAAAAUAGAAGGGUGAAGCUGAGGUAGGGUGGAUUUUUCUUGCAAACCAAUUUUUUGAUCUAGAGUGACGAGUCUCUGGAAAUCUACUUAUGGAAUAAACAUGUAUAGCGCGUCAAAGGGGAAAAAGAGGAAAUUGGAAGUCUUUAUUUUGGCAAAA